AUGGCUAGAAUUAUCAACUUUUUUUCUUUUUUCCCAAUUCCUUAUGUCCAAUUCAAAUUUUUUUUUCAAGAAUUCCCAAGAAAUUCGAGAAAUUCCCAAGAUCGACUUUCUAUUAACUUCGCAAUGAUUGACAAUUCACUUAAAACGGCAACAAUGAUGACGAUUAAUGACAUUUCUUUAGUCACAGUACUUAACGAGAAGCCGAAUUCCGAUGAUGAUAUUACCAACCGGCUGUUGUCUCAUUCGGUGUGGCUUAUGUCAACAUCCUAUUUCAGUGAUCGGUCGGUGGAGAACCUUUGCUUCUUGAGCAGUCGUCGAGCUAUCGAAGAUAUUGCAACCUUCAUACAAGGAAUGAAAGACGAAUUCAAUUUAGGCGUAGCCGCAUGGAUCACCUUUCGAGGAUCGUACUCCGGCGCUUUAACACUUUGGGCACGCGAAAAACAUCCAGAGCUCAUUGCUGGAGCCGUGGGCAGUUCGCCGCCGAUACGACUCGAACACAAUAUAAUCCGUUCUGAACAUCUGCAAGUAGUUGACAAUUCACUGCACUUGUACAGUAAUGAGUGCGUCGAGAACGUUCGUAAAGGAUUUCAGUCAAUGGCAUCUCUUAUGAAUUUGAUUAUUUCCAGAUUAGAUCCACCGUUUGCAAAUCUUUCGUUAACCUACAAUGACAUUCAAAACUUUUACACUACAAUCUACGGUAACUUUCAAGCAGCAGUUCAGAACAGCGGUUACAAUGCCGUAAGUAAAAGCGUUGUCGAACAAUGA